UAAAUCGAUCACUAGGACCUAGUGACUAGGCAAGCGGAACAACGCAUCACUGAUUUGGUGGGGAGUGGGAAAAUGAAAAUGGAAGUGAAAGAGAAACAUUCCUAGCAAACAGACUGUUCACCGAUCGGGGAAUUGUAUAAUGAUUGCAUUGGACAAACAUACUUCUCUGCUAUUCUUCCUUUUAUGCGUUUGGAAAUUUAAUGCCAUUGAAAGUUCUCCACCGGUAGUUUUAUGGCAUGGAAUGGGAGAUAGUUGCUGUUUUUCGUUCAGCUUGGGAGCAAUAAAAAAGUUGAUAGAGGCAACUCUACCUAACAUCUACGUUUAUUCCAUUCGUCUAGGAAACAACGUAAUAGAGGAUGUGGAACACAGUUACUUUGGAAAUAUUAACCAACAAAUAUCACAAGUUUGCGAGCAACUAUCAAAGGAUAAACAUCUCAAAGAUGGUUAUAAUGCUAUUGGGUUUUCUCAAGGUGCUCAGUUUAUGAGAGCUGUGAUUCAAAGAUGUCCGAAUCCUCCGGUUAUGAAUUUCAUUUCUAUGGGUGGUCAACAUCAAGGUGUUUUUGGCUUACCAAACUGUGGAGCUCUGGGGAAUAACACUUGCAGUUACAUGUCUCGCAUGAUCAAAUAUGGAGCAUACUUGAAGCUUGUCCAAGAAAAGCUUAUUCAAGCAACAUACUGGCACGAUCCAUAUCAGGAGAAAGAAUAUAAGGAGAACAGCAUAUUUAUGGCAGAUAUUAAUAACGAACUUCAUAUUAAUCAGACCUACAAAGACAAUCUUCAAAAGCUACAUUCCAUGGUAUUAGUAAAGUUUACUAAUGACACCAUAGUUUGGCCAAGAGAAUCAGAAUGGUUCGGAUUCUAUACGCCAGGCCAAGGAACUAAAAUUCAAACCCUGGAAGAAAGUGAUUUAUAUCGCACGGAUCGUCUAGGAUUAAAAAUACUACAUAAAUUAGGAAAAUUGUAUUUCCUUUCUUCACCUGGAAAUCAUCUACAAUUCACAGAAAGUUGGUUUGUUAACAAUAUAAUUAAAGUAUAUUUGAUGUAA